CACGCCGCCCCAUCCUCCCGCUUUCCAUCACCCCGCCCCAUUCUCCCGCUUUCCAGCACCCCGCCCCAUUCUCCCGCUUUCAAUCACCCCGCCCGAUUCUCCCGCUUUCCAUCACCCUGCCCCAUUCUCCCGCUUUCCAUCACCCCGCCCCAUUCUCCCGCUUUCCAUCACCCCGCCCGAUUCUCCCGCUUUCCAUCACCCUGCCCCAUUCUCCCGCUUUCCAUCACCCCGCCCCAUUCUCCCGCUUUCCAUCACCCCGCCCGAUUCUCCCGCUUUCCAUCACCCCGCCCCAUUCUCCCGCUUUCCAUCACCCCCCCCAUUCUCCCGCUUUCCAUCACCCUGCCCCAUUCUCCCGCUUUCCAUCACCUCGCCCCAUUCUCCCUCUUUCCAUCACCCCGCCCCAUUCUCCCUCUUUCCAUCACCCCGCCCCAUUCUCCCUCUUUCCAUCACCCCACCCCAUUCUCCCGUUUUCCAUCACCCCGUCCCAUUCUCCCGCUUUCCAUCACCCCGCCCCAUUCUCUCGCUUUCUAGCACCCCGCCCCAUUCUCCCGCUUUCCAUCACCCCGCCCCAUUCUCCCGCUUUCCAUCACCCCGCCCCAUUCUCCCUCUUUCCAUCACCCCGCCCGAUUCUCCUGCUUUCCAUCACCCGCCCGAUUCUCCCGCUUUCCGUCACCCCGCCCCAUUCUCCCGCAUUCCAUCACCCCGCCCCAUUCUCCCGCCUUCCAACACCCCGCCCCAUUCUCCCUCUUUCCAUCACCCCGCCCGAUUCUCCCGCUUUCUAUCACCCCGCCCCAUUCUCCCUCUUUCCAUCACCCCGCCCCAUUCUCCCUCUUUCCAUCACCCCGCCCCAUUCUCCCGCUUUCCAUCACCCCGUCCCAUUCUCCCUCUUUCCAUAACCCCGCCCCAUUCUCCCGCUUUCCAGCACCCCGCCCCAUUCUCCCGCUUUCCAUCACCCCGCCCCAUUCUCCCGCUUUCCAUCACCCCGCCCCAUUCUCCCUCUUUCCAUCACCCCGGCCCAUUCUCCCCUUUCCAUCACCCGCCCCAUUCUCCCGCUUUCCAUCACCCCGCCCCAUUCUCCCGCUUUCCAUCACCCCGCCCCAUUCUCCCUCUUUCCAUCACCCCGCCCCAUUCUCCCUCUUUCCAUCACCCCGCCCCAUUCUCCCGCUUUCCAUCACCCCGCCCCAUUCUCCCGCUUUCCAUCACCCCGCCCCAUUCUCCCUCUUUCCAUCACCCCGCCCCAUUCUCCCGCUUUCCAUCACCCCGCCCCAUUCUCCCGCCUUCCAACACCCCGCCCCAUUCUCCCUCUUUCCAUCACCCCGCCCGAUUCUCCCGCUUUCUAUCACCCCGCCCCAUUCUCCCUCUUUCCAUCACCCCGCCCCAUUCUCCCUCUUUCCAUCACCCCGCCCCAUUCUCCCGCUUUCCAUCACCCCGCCCCAUUCUCCCGCUUUCCAUCACCCCGCCCCAUUCUCCCUCUUUCCAUCACCCCGCCCCAUUCUCCCUCUUUCCAUCACCCCGCCCCAUUCUCCCGCUUUCCAUCACCCCGCCCCAUUCUCCCGCUUUCCAUCACCCCGCCCCAUUCUCCCUCUUUCCAUCACCCCGCCCCAUUCUCCCGCUUUCCAUCACCCCGCCCCAUUCUCCCGCCUUCCAACACCCCGCCCCAUUCUCCCUCUUUCCAUCACCCCGCCCGAUUCUCCCGCUUUCUAUCACCCCGCCCCAUUCUCCCUCUUUCCAUCACCCCGCCCCAUUCUCCCUCUUUCCAUCACCCCGCCCCAUUCUCCCGCUUUCCAUCACCCCGCCCCAUUCUCCCUCUUUCCAUAACCCCGCCCCAUUCUCCCGCUUUCCAGCACCCCGCCUCAUUCUCCCGCUUUCCAGCACCCCGCCCCAUUCUCCCGCUUUCCAUCACCCCGCCCCAUUCUCCCGCUUUCCAUCACCCCGCCCCAUUCUCCCGCUUUCCAUCACCCCGCCCCAUUCUCCCUCUUUCCAUCACCCCGCCCCAUUCUCCCGCUUUCCAGCACCCCGCCCCAUUCUCCCGCUUUCCAUCACCCCGCCCGAUUCUCCCGCUUUCCAUCACCCCGCCCCAUUCUCCCGCUUUCCACCACCCCGCCCCAUUCUCCCUCUUUCCAUAACCCCGCCCCAUUCUCGCACUUUCCAUCACCCCGCCCGAUUCUCCCGCUUUCCACCACCCCGCCCCACUCUCCCGCUUUCCAUCACCCCGCCCCAUUCUCCCGCUUUCCAUCACCCCGCCCGAUUCUCCCGCUUUCCAUCACCCCGCCCCAUUCUCCCGCUUUCCAUCACCCCUCCCCAUUCUCCCUCUUUCCAUCAACCCGCCCCAUUCUCCCUCUUUCCAUCACCUCGCCCCAUUCUCCCUCUUUCCAUCACCCCUCCCCAUUCUCCCGCUUUCCAUCACCGGCCCAUUCUCCCGCUUUCCAUCACCUCGCCCCAUUCUCCCUCUUUCCAUCACCCCGCCCCAUUCUCCCGCUUUCCAUCACCCCGCCCCAUUCUCCCUCUUUCCACGACCCCGCCCCAAACUCCCUCUUUCCAUCACCCCGCCUCAUUCUCCCUCUUUCCAUCAUCCCGCCCCAUUCUCCCUCUUUCCAUCACCCUGCCCCAUUCUCCCUCUUUCCAUCACCCCGCCCCAUUCUCCCUCUUUCCAUAA